AUGUUAAGCACUUUCAUUCCAAUAUUUCAUGCUUCUAUACUGAAAAAUAACUUCAUUAAAAUUCCAACAGACGGAACUAUAAGAGACCAUUUUGGUUAUCCAGGAAGGUUCAAUGUCAUGAACUCUUAU